UCUAGAGAUUAUUCACUUUGUCCUCACUUUCUGAAAAACUCCCUAAAAAAAUCACUUAUUCAAAUACUAUUCCAAAUCAAUCUGAAUAUUACUCCAAGUCAAACACUUUUUCAUUAUCAAGUUUUUAUUAGUUGAACUACUGAAGAUACAGGUUGUUUGUAAGAAGCUGCCAAUAAAUAGCUAUCCUUGACUUGAUGGCAAGUAACGGGUUUUAUUCACCCAGCCAAAACUAAAGGUUGAGAAACAUUUAAAUGUUCCACGCACUUAAACCUUAUCCAAGUCGUUCAUACUGAUACUGUUCAUAGUUCAUACCUUCCGAUAUCAGCAAAGCAAUGGCCUCAGCCACAGAAGAACGCAUUGGUUUGUUUAUGUGUCUGUGUCUCUUCUUCUUCCUCCAUUUCUCAACCUCGACCGCAGAGGAUCCGAUUCCUGCGCCAUGGCCGGAACAGUUCCACUCAGUCCUAUUCCUCAACAGAAGCGGCUCUCUUCGAAAACAAGACUUAUGGUACGAUUGGCCCAAUGGACGAAACUUCAAUAUUAUCCAAUAUCAGCUUGAUGUUCUCAAAUAUGACCUUGAAUGGAACAAUGGCACCACCUUUCUCUACACUCUCGAUCCUUUCAACCACACUUGCCAAGUGACUCAAUAUGAUGUUGGUAUUCCACGACCCAAUUGGCUUGAUGGUGCUAACUAUUUGGGUCAACAAUAUGCCGACAAUUUUCUGUGUAAUGUUUGGGAGAAAGUCGGUUUUAUUUGGUACUAUGAAGAUGUUCUCACUAAAAGACCUGUCAAGUGGAUCUUCUACGACGGAAUGAUUACUGAUGUGAUGACAUUUGAGGUUGGAGCAGUUCUGGAUGAUGCUCAUUGGCAGGCUCCUGACUAUUGUUUUAAUAAGGCUGAGCCUGAACCCCAAAUACACAACAGAAGGAGCAGUUUCUCAUUAGAUUUAGAAACUGCUAUUGUUGGCGAUUUUCGUUGGACACUAAUGAGUGAGAUGAGAUAGGCCACCCAAUAAUAUCAUAUGAUUUAUAAUUGUCAUGUGCACUAUGUAUCUAGCUGUAUAAUAAGAAUCUUGAUAGCCAUUCUUCUCCUGAAACAAGAGAAACGCCUGGGCAACCAUGGGCAAGAGGCUGGGAUGAUAUAAAGAAAUAUUUUUCGGGGACGGAAAGGCCCCCAUGCUGGUUUAUAAUAAGCUUGGGUAUCAAUGAUAUUGUCUUUGUAACAAUAAAUUGAAUUUUUGUAUACCAUCUUUGUCAACUUGAAGGUUUGUUUUAGGCUAGUAGGCUAGCUACUAGAAAUCAGUAAAAGAAUAAAACGAGUGAAAAGUAGAAAAUUGCGAUUUCGCUUUCAAUGAACCUUUGUUAUUAUGUAUUCAUCUACUAUGUACCUAUUGCUGGUGGCUGUAUCAUAUAUGUUAUAGCU